AUGGACGAGCAGCAGAAGGCCCAGCAGCCCGCCGCUUCUUCGUUUGAGGAUUACUUGGCCGGUUGGACCUUCAAAUCCAGGGCGAAGCUGAACGCGCUGUUGGCGACGGCGCUGGUGAGCAUCGCGCCGGUCUUCAUCCUCCCGAUGAUCCCCAUCGACCACACGCCCGAGCGUCAGCCACUCCUCAAAGUGCUGCUGAGCUUCGCCGUGGGCGGUCUGCUGUCGGACGUGUUCCUGCACCUCAUCCCGCACGCGCUCCACUCGUCGGGCUCGGGCGAAGGCGGCCAUUCGCACUCGCACUCCCAUUCGCACUCGCACGACGGGGACGAGGAGGGGGAGGACCUGUCCAUGGUGGUCGGGCUGGGCGUGCUGGCCGGUCUGCUGACCUUCUUCAUCGUCGAAAAGUUUGUGCGGAGCAACCACGGCGGUAGCGGCGGCCACGGCCACUCCCACGGUGCCAAGCCCCAGCAGAAGAAGAGCGAGAAGCCAAGCGACAAGAAAGAGAAGGAGCAGGCCAAGAAGGAGAAGAAGAAGAGGGAGAGCGUGGAGGAGGGCAUCAAGGUGGGCGGUUUCCUCAACCUUGCCGCUGACAUGACCCACAACUUCACCGACGGCCUGGCCAUUGCGUCGUCCUUCCUCGUGAGCACGCCCAUCGGCAUCACCACCACCGUCGCCGUCCUGGUGCACGAGAUCCCCCACGAGAUCGGUGACUUUGCCAUUCUGCUCCAGAGCGGCUUCUCGAGGCGCCAGGCGAUGAUGGCGCAGUUCGCCACCGCCGUGGGCGCGUUCAUGGGCUGCCUGCUGGGCGUGCUGCUCGAGCACGGACUCGGCAACACCACCCACUACAUCCUCCCCUUCACCGCUGGUGGCUUCAUCUACAUCGCGACGGUCGAUGUACUGCCGGACCUGCUGCAGGACUCGUCGUUCAAGCAGACCUUUAAGGAGGUCUUCGCCUUCCUCUUGGGCGUGGGCCUCAUGGUCGGCGUCGCCCACCUCGAGGAGUCCAUGUAG